GGCUCUCAUUCAGCAGCAACCUAACAGAUAAGUCAUUCCACUGUGUAUCAAGACAAUGCUUGGUUUAAAAACUUCUGAAAAUGAUCAAAGCUGUGUUGCAAUGUGACAUUGUCAGAGGAGGACAACCAGCUUGAGAAUUUCCUGUUAAUCACAUCACAGCUUGAAGGAACCCCCUUUCCAUUAAGUGGGACUGCAUGGCCAGCAGCCCCCAGUGAAGAGUUGACAAUGAGCAUCCCAGCAGCUCCUAAGAAAUCAUGUUUCAAUCAGUUGCGGGACAACAGAAAUGGUGCGAAAAAUAAUAAUGAGAACAUCCUAAGUCUGGGAGAUACAAAUGCCAAUCAAAUCAUGUUGGAGGUCAGCUCCUCUCAGGGUGAGUCCAAGACACAUGACCUGGUGGAUGAAAUUGGAAAUGCAAAUUCAAGUGGGCCAGAACACCACACCCAAUUCCAUAAGGAACCUCACCAACUUCAGAGUCUUGGGAAAGGAUCUCAGACUGCCUCCACCAGUUUAAAAGAUUUUAAACUUUCUCCGACUGUCCAUAUGGAGCUACAUGAAGAGCACACAAGGGAAAGAAGCACAGAUAUCCUGCAGAACCCUUGGAAUGUUCAAGGACCAAGCCUGUCGAGUUGGAGGACUGCAAUGGCUGAGACUAGUCUAGAGGUUUUGGCUAAAAGGGAUGUUGAAAUUCCCAGGCAUGUACCCAAGGAUAAAUUGGCAAAGACCCUUGACAAUGAGGAAUUGAGAAGACAUUCUUUGGAAAGAGCAAGCAGCUCUGUAGCUGCAUUUGGGAGCUUGACUCUGCAGCAUCAGCAGCCUGCACAACUGGAUGUCCUUGAACCCCGGAGUCAUGUGCCUGGAGGUGGGGAAGGACCACAGAGGACAUUGACUGACCACUCUCCAGGGGCAGCUUUCCUUCCAGCUGAUAAUACCUCAGAGGGAAAGAGUGUGUGUCCUCCUAAACCAUCUACCUCAGAAGCCAAGGAGACCAGUCCCUCAGAGACCCAGACAGAAGGGGCACACAGACUGAAUGUUUGCAAUGAGCGCCCAUCACGUGCUGCCCAUCCAGAGCCUGCUCUGAAUUCAGCUUUGGCAUUGAAGGAAAUCCUGAGUUAUUCAGAAGCACAAUUAGGUGAGGGGAAGGAGGAACCAAAGCUGGAACUGAAAUAUGUUCAACCCAGGACUGGGCAGGAGUUAAAGUUGACCCAGGCAGGGGGUCUGGGAUGUCACAAGGAAGAGAGUACAUCACACCAAGACAGAAAGGAGCCACGUGGGGAAGCACACAAAGAAGCCAUGUUUGCAGUUAGCAACCCAUCAAAUAGCAGCCACCACCAUCUUGGGGUGGGGAGAGUCGGUGGAGAGAAGACAGGAAUCAAUGCAGGUGUAGAGGAUCUUCUCCAAGUUACCCCCAAACAGGGAUCUGCUUCCUUAGAAGUGACUGGAAAUCUUCCUACUGGCAAAGUGUCACCAAGUACAGGUAAGAAGUUGAAAGAAAUGACAUCCAGCAACUUUUUACCCAGUGAUGGCCAUUUAGCUUUUGUUCCUAAUGAUCUGACUGACAGCAAGCCCUGGGAUGUCAGUGAGGAGAAAAAGAGAAUGGAGAGUGGGAACAGGGAAAGGACCAUGGUAUUGGCAUCAGAUCCUUCAACAGGAGAGAGCAAAACUGAGAUUCCUGAGCCCCUGAAUCCUCAAAGCAGCUGCUUAGAAGCAGAGGAAAAAAAGAACACAGUACUUUUGGUUGAAAAUGGAAACCUUCCAGAAGAUGCAGCCAAGACUGAAAUCACCCCAUCAAGAGCAGAUUCGAUUCUCAAUACCCCAGCUCCUUUCCACCCAGAGACAACUGUGAACUUGACCCACCAGCCCACGUCACCUAGUAGCAGUUUUCAGGACCUUGGUGUGUUCAGUGUGAACACAGGGUCACCCUCAGCAAUCCCACCCGCCACUGACAGCGUGCGGCUGUUCAACACAUCCACAAAAGUGCCUGAGAAGAACACCUGCCCCAGUGGGAUACCUAAGCCUGUUGUUGCACCUUCCAAGGAUCCACCUUCCUCGGAGGAAGGAAUGGAGAAACAUCAGGUUGAAAAAACAGAAGAAAGGACAGACGUGAAGCCCAUCAUCAUGCCCAAGCCCAAGCAUGUGAGGCCCAAGAUCAUCACCUACAUCCGGAGGAAUCCGCAGGCCUUGGGCCAGGUGGACACUUCACUGGUCCCUGUGGGGCUUCCCUAUGCCCCACCAGCAUGUAGCAUGCCUCUUCCCCAGGAGGACAAGGUGGCAAGUGGAGACCUUAAGCCGCCGGCUAACCUCUAUGAGAAAUUCAAGCCAGACUUGCAGAAGCCAAGGGUCUUCAGUUCUGGAUUGAUGGUGUCUGGCAUCAAGCCCCCAGGACAUCACUUCAGUCAAAUAAGUGAAAAGUUUUUGCAGGAGGUGACAGACCAUCCUGGAAAAGAAGAAUUUUGUUCUCCUCCCUACACUCACUAUGAAGUCCCUCCAACUUUCUAUCGAUCUGCCAUGCUUCUUAAGCCCCAGCUGGGACUGGGUGCCAUGUCCCGUCUACCCUCUGCAAAGAGCAGGAUUCUGAUAGCGAGUCAGAGGUCUUCAGCAAGUGCCAUCCAUCCACCAGGACCCAUAACCACAGCUGCCAGUCUCUACAGUUCUGAUCCUUCAGCAGAUUUAAAGAAAGCUUCCAGUUCAAAUGCUGCAAAAUCCAGUCUACCGAAAUCUGGACUUCGACCUCCUGGAUACUCACGUCUACCAGCAGCCAAGCUGGCGGCCUUUGGUUUUGUCCGGAGCUCCAGCGUGUCCUCAGUCUCCAGCACCCAGUCAGCGGACAGUGUGCAGCCGGAGCAGAGCCGCCCAGCCACCCGUUCAACCUUUGGGAAUGAAGAACAGCCAGCUCUGAAGGCAGCUCUGCCUUCUAAGGACACACCCAAGGGGGCCAGCAGGGCAGCCCCUCCAGCAUCCUCCAGUGUGACAACACCCCGCAGGAGUUUACUUCCAGCACCAAAGUCCACUUCUGCACCUGCUGGAACAAAGAAAGAAGCACAAAAAGAUCAAGAUGCUAAUAAACCUACUGUUUCAUCUCCUAAGAGAACAGCAGCUUCCACCACCAAACUUCAUUCACCAGGUUACCCAAAGCAGAGGACUGUGGUUCCUCGAAAUGGGUUUGCACCCAAGCCUGACCUGCAGGCCCGGGAGGCUGAGCGGCAACUGGUUCAGCGCCUGAGAGACAGGUGUGAGCGGCAGGCCCGGCAGCUGGGCCUCAUUCAAGGGGAGCUGAGGAGGGCGAUCUGUGGCUUUGAUGCUCUGGCCGUGUCCACUCAGCAUUUCUUUGGAAAGAAUGAAAGUGCCCUUGUGAAAGAAAAAGAGCUGUCAAUCGAGCUUGCAAACAUCAGGGAUGAAGUUGCCUUCAACACGGCCAAAUGCGAGAAGCUGCAGAAGGAGAAGGAGGACCUGGAGCGGCGGUUUGAGGAGGAGCUGCGGAGGCUGGGCUGGCAGCAGCAGGCCGAGCUCCAGGAGCUGCAGGAGCGGCUGCAGGGCCAGUUCGAGAUGGAGACGGCGCGCCUGCAGGAGGAGCACCACAGCCAGCUGCUACGGAUCCGGUGCCAGCACCAGGAGCAGGUGGAAGACAUCACCGCCAGCCAUGAGGCUGCUCUCCUGGAGAUGGAAAAUAACCACACAGUUGCCAUCGCGAUUCUGCAGGAUGACCAUGACCACAAAGUCCAAGAAUUGAUGACUACCCAUGAACUUGAGAAAAAAGAAUUGGAAGAAAACUUUGAAAAACUGCGGCUGUCAUUACAGGACCAGGUGGACACCCUGACCUUCCAGAGCCAGUCUCUGCGGGACCGAGCCCGACGCUUCGAGGAGGCUUUGAGGAAAAACACCGAGGAGCAGCUGGAGAUUGCACUGGCCCCUUAUCAGCACUUGGAAGAAGACAUGAAGAGUCUGAAGCAGGUGUUAGAAAUGAAGAAUCAGCAAAUACACCAGCAGGAAAAGAAGAUUAUUGAGUUGGAAAAGCUGGCAGAAAAGAACAUUAUUCUGGAAGAAAAGAUCCAAGUCCUCCAGCAGCAGAAUGAAGACCUUAAAGCAAGGAUCGACCAGAACACGGUUGUCACCAGACAGCUGUCGGAGGAAAAUGCUAAUCUCCAGGAAUACGUGGAGAAAGAAACCCAGGAGAAGAAGAGAUUGAGCCGAACCAAUGAAGAGCUGCUUUGGAAGCUACAAACUGGGGACCCAACCAGCCCAAUUAAACUCUCCCCCACAUCCCCGGUUUACCGAGGCUCCUCCUCGGGGCCCUCCUCCCCAGCCAGAGUCAGCACCACGCCCAGAUGACGUCACCACGCAGCCUGCGGGAGCUCAGGCUUCUGUCCACCCUGGGGAGUGCUGACCUUGUGCUGGCCAAGGGCCAGCGGCCGCCCUGCGCGCAUGCUCAGUAGCUGCAUAAUGCAUCCUAGGCAGCAUCCUCUUCUGACCCCUAUGUAAGACUGUCCUGGUAUUGGCGCUUAGGAAGGUGUAAACGGUAGAGUCUGAUGUGCAAAAAACGUUUUACCAUAGUUUAGAGCCAAAAGACAACUCCAAUUGUUCUUGAGUGAUGAACUUUCACUGCAGAAUUUCAGGUUAGUUACAAAUAGCUCAAUUUUGAAUAUACAUUGAAUAAUCAUUGUGUACUGCACCGAUAUGUGUGUAUAUUUAGAUAUACGUAUAUACACAUGCAGCGGUUCUGAAUUGCAUUUUUUAUAACGUGAUUUGCUGACAUAUUUUAGUGAAGGUCAGCAGUUUUCUAACUUGUGCCUAAGAAUUAUUGGGAAAUGAAAAUGCAUUUCUAUCCAGCUUCCCAGGAAUAUUUCUACCCAAAAUAGAAAAAGGAAAAAAAAAAAAAAAAGAUACAGAGAAGAAGCGCCUUUCAACCUACCACCAAGUGGUACUCUAACACAAACACCAGCGAUUUGUGAACGGUAACUGCCUUUGGAACAAUUGGCUUCUUAGUCCACAUGACGUGAGGUCACUACUAUUCCAUUCGCAAGUUUCAGUUACGAAUCCUCCUGUCGUUGAGUAGAUGAGGGAUGGCAAUAGUAAGCCCUAAAGGGGUUGAGCAGUUUUGCCAAUGUUACUCAUGACAGUGACUCAUCUAUAUAGUCUUGUAACACAAGUUUUGCUUUAUUCUUAAAUGGCAUCUUGGAACUGGUCAUAAGCUAUUAGUGCACCCUCCAAAAAAAAAUGGAGGAGCAUGACCUUGUAGAGUGAGGGUGAGGAGACCUUGGAGAUGACCAAGACCAUUCAUGUCCUAUCCUCAUGAAGGAAUACUGCUGAUGGAUCCAUAUUUGACCAGGCACACAGUAGGAAAGCGUCCUCCUCAUUCCAUUUGGUUUGCUCCAGUAGGAUGCUAUAAAGAGUCAACUCAUCAAAAUCUGACCCUCAGGCCUGCAUUUCAUAGGCAACCCCACUUCAAUUUGGUUCUGUAUCUCAACCACAUCAUUGCACAUUGAGAUGGCUCAGGGGUUCUAGCAGGGGCUUCCAGAAAACCAAACUGCCCUGGGGGACCAUUUCUGAGAGGUGCUAGAUCAUCACAUGAUCUCCCAGAAACCCAGCUGUACUUUCUCCUGGAUGCUUAAGCAAUUCCUUAUCUGAUAAUGGUCCUAUCCUAGGACCAGAAGGAUCUCCCAAACAGAGAAGCCCAGUGAAACAGCCAGCCAGCAGACCCUGGCUACUGAACUGGCCUUUGUCUCUGAAAUGGUAGAAUUAGAAUGUGAAAGGUAUUCAUGUAGUGCUGUGGAAGAUUAGGAGCAUGAAACACAAAAGAAAGAAGUAGUUUUAACAGUCAAUAUGGUGAUGAUAAUGAUGCCUUUGUUUCCUGUGACAAAGACCCUGCACUUUUCUCCCCAAGGCCCCUCAAAGUUGUCCUGAGCCCAGGUCUAUCUUCAAGCAUGCCCACGGCAAGAAGAGCCACAGAGCCAGGAAGACAUGGCCCACGGAAGGGCUGGCUUGCCCAACAUCACACGUGUGGCUGAUGUGAAGGAAGACACUGUAUAUGUGCCUCACACCACUCCAAGUUGAGCUUCUUGGCCUCAGGCACAUUUUCUUUCUAGCAAACGUCCAAGGGCCUUGCCCAUUCUGGGGACGCACACAGUAGCUUCUCAGUGGAGAAACAGUUCUUUUCCCUUUAGUGGCUUUGCAUGAUCUGUGAUACUGAGUUGGGCAUUCCAUUAGAGUAGAUCAUGCCACGGUGACUAAACACACAAUCUUUAUCUUUCAGCAGGCACAGCUUGCAAACACAAAUUCAGUAGCAACUUAGCUCUCUGAAUUAGGAACCGCUUCCAUAACCGCACAUGCUAAAAGCAGUUACACAGCAAUACAGACUUCAGUGUGUGAUACUAGAAUGUGGUACAGUGUGUUAGGCUGUUGCGGUCAAAGUCGUAGCAAUGUUAGAACUAAGGAAUCCCUCUUUAGGUGGACUAGAGUUCUGCUCUAAGCAGCCCUGACCUGGGCUCUUGAGCUCAUUUCCACAUGGCCCUGGCUUCAUUUCUUCAUCACCAACGCCCAUCAGGUAUGACUCCUCCUCUGAGUCAUGACUGCUCCCCAAAACGCAGGCGGCAGUAGCAGCCACGUCUCCUCCUUAAUACCUCUGCCCCAUACCAUUAGGAUUCGGACCUCUCUCGGCAUGGAAAGCUGCCUCUGUCUGCCUCCCGGGCUGGGGUGCUGUGUCCUCAUCUAGAUGCCACAGCGUCCCGACCUGCUGCAGACAGACCUGCUCAACCGCUCGGUCUCGUCAUGGGGUUGGGAGACCUGCCCCACCCUGUCCCCAACAACUGCUUGCCACAGGCUGGGACGAGGGGGUUCUGGCUGGAUGUCAGGAUGGGGUGGGGUGGGGGGGGCGCGCACUCUCUGGGAUUAGUUUAACGGGGCCACAACAUUCCUCUUCCUGUCCCUCCAGUUUCUGUGUUGCAUAUUUGUGUUUAAAUCUAAAGCCUAUUAAAAUGAACUUGAGGGACCUUCUGUGAUAUCCACUUGAUAUAACUGGAGACUUGUCCCUCUCAGGCUGGGGACCCCAGGCAGGAGGCAAGAGAGGUGUUGUACAGGUCGGGUUCCUCUUCUGUGUGUGUGCCAGGGUUAGCCAGUUGUUACUGAGAGGAGUCUAGGGAUUCCCCUGUCGCCAGACCCUGCAGGUCCAAGGUCCCUGCAUCCACUCUUCCACCCAGGGUCUUUGGCAGCUCAUGCUGUGGACUUUGGGAGCUUGAUGGCUCUGCUCUGCCCAGCUGGGUUGAGCUGGUUGGAAGGAGGACACAAAUUUAAAAUUCAGACCUGGAUGAGGAUGUUUCUACCCCACAGAGAGUUUGACCUGCC